GCCAAGAGCUUUCCGUGUGUCUCAUUGCUGUGCCUGUUCUUCAUUGCAGUCAGCAUGACUGCUACUUUCCUGAUGUCUCUGCUUUUUGGACUUGCAUUUGGACAAACAAUAUCUUUUUGUGUUCCAACUGAAUAUAUUAUGUACAUUGAACGAACAGAAUGUGCAUACUGCCUAACCAUCAAUACCACCGUUUGUGCUGGAUACUGCCUGACUCGGGACAGCAAUGGAAAGAUGUUCCUCCCUAAAAGUGCUCUCUCCCAGAAUGUGUGCACAUAUAAAGACAUCACCUACAGGACAGCGAUGUUGCCAGGCUGCCCUCGCCAUGUCAGCCCCUAUUUCUCAUACCCCGUGGCUAGGAGUUGCAAGUGUGGUAAAUGUAACACAGACUACACUGACUGCAUACACGAGGGUGUCAGGACAAACUACUGUACAAAACCACAAAAGCCCUCUUUGGAGGGAUUUCCUGUUUAAGAGAGCUAUGUGAUCUGCUGUUCAAGGUUAAAUGUUAACUCUACUUCACCUAUGUCAACUUAACGUAGAGCACCCAGUGAUUAAAAUAUUUCCGUAUUUCAUAACAAUUGUGUGUGACUUUCUAUUUCAU